AUGUUCCUGUCUUUUAGCGAAAAAAUGACUAAUGCAUCCAAUAUUGAUCUGUUUACACUUUCCGGCUUCAGUGCCACCACUAACUACAGAGGCACACUUUUUUCCCUCACUUUACUGUGUUAUUGUGCGAUUCUGGUGGUAAAUGUGUCUCUUUCUUUAACCAUCAUUUUGGAUCAAGGCUUACAUGAGCCCAUGUACAUUUUAGUGUGUAACCUGUGCAUCAAUGGACUAUAUGGUACUGUUGCCUUUUAUCCUAAAUUUUGUUUUGAUCUUCUGUCUGAUAAACAUGUGAUAUCAUAUGUUGGAUGUUUUUUGCAAGUCUUUGUAAUAUACACCUAUGCAACGAUAGAUUUUUCUAUUUUAGCUCUAAUGGCCUAUGACAGGUAUGUGGCUAUAUGUCGACCACUGGAGUAUCACUUGAUAAUGUCUGCACGAAGAACUACUUUGCUUGUGAGUGUGGCCUGGAUUAUUCCGAUUCUCUGUGAGGUCUUGAUUCUUAGCUUAACUUCCAGGCUGAAAUUAUGUGGCUCUCGCAUUCAGAAGCUCUAUUGUGAGAACUGGUCAAUUGUUAAACUUGCUUGCACUUCAACAAUAGCAAACAACAUAGCGGGGUUAAUUGUUGUUAGCUUUUAUUGUGGUCAUGUUUUGUUCAUUGUGUGUACAUAUGCGCAGGUGGUAAAAUCGGCUAUAAAGUCAAAAGAGAGCAGGAAAAAGUUUACACAAACAUGUGUGCCACAUUUAUUGUGUUUGUUCAAUGUCACAGCUGCUUUACUUUUUGACAUAAUGUACUCUAGGUAUGGAUCAGCAUCUGUGUCUCAAAGUCUGAAGAACUUCAUGGCUAUACAAUUUCUAAUGAUGCCCCCGGUUCUCAACCCCCUUAUUUAUGGACUGAUCCUUACAAAAAUCAGAUACAGAAUGGCAACUUUGUGUACGACGGCAGGAGAAAGCUCAGGUCAGUUCACUGGUUACCACUGA